AUGAAAAGGUAUGUGAAGCUGCUGAAGCUCUCCCCUAAUGAGGCCCUUCUGGAAUUACUGCUGCUGUUGUUGCUGGGGUUGCGUGUCCUAGCUGUGUGUCCCUCUAUAUGCACCUGCAGCCGCAGCCACAGGGAAGUCGACUGCUCUUGGAGGGGUCUGAGACUGCUUCCUGAUGGGCUACAGUACAACCUGCACUCUCUCAAUUUGUCCCACAACCGUUUUCAGAACAUGGACGACCGCCUCACUCUGUACACGCAUCUCCGCGUCCUUGAUGUGUCUCACAACCGACUGACUCACCUACCCACAGGCUUACCCCGCUCGCUGUGGCAGCUUUACGCAGCCUCUAACCGCAUUCAGUGCCUGGACAAGAAUGACACAGUCUACCAGUGGAAUUUGCAAAUCCUUGACCUCUCCAAAAACAAACUGGAGCGAGCUGUCUUCAUUAACAAUACACUAAUUAACCUGCACACACUUAACCUAAGCCAUAAUCACUUCUGGACCCUGCCCACCAACAUGCCUAUACAUUUAGACACUAUUGACAUCUCCCACAAUUUGCUUGUGAAAGUGCUGCCCGGAUCAUUGGACCGACUUCCCAGACUUACUCACUUCUAUCUGCAUGCUAAUCGGUUUUCCUCACUGCCAUUUGGAGCCUUGGAUAAGAUGACGUCCCUUAAAGUCAUCACUCUAGGCAACAACCCAUGGGCCUGCCACCUUCAUGAUGACGUUGCCUACAUAGUAUCCUGGUCUCAACAUACGUUUGCCCGUGUCCUGGGCUGCCCUUGCCAUACCCAGUCUAUUUGUGGAGGCGUCCACCAUGGCAGGACUGGAGGCUGGCACUUUGCCUCCUACAAUCUACCACCUCUCGCAGCCAGUGCCCAGGACUUGAACUCCAUAACCCCUGAAGCCGGUGUCACUAAUUGGUGGUACUUGUCUGUUUCUUCGAAGAACGGCAUCCCACACUCCACCGGGGAGAGUUUGAGCACAGAGCACCACCCUUUCACAGCCACACCCAUUGGUAUCUCCACCCUGCAACCUAGACCUACAAGCACACACCACACUAUUAAGCACCUUUUUGUCACAACAGUAGCAGACCACAUGUUCUAUACCUAUUUUAGUUUGGAAAAGACUUCACUUGACAUGACUGAAACCUCCCCCAUUUCUGAUAUUACAGAAACCCCCAUCAGGCCUGACGUGACACUGGCCACAGACCAGUUCUUUACCACAGAGAGCCCUUCCGUCCACACAAAGAAGACAACGACACUCCGCACCAGAAGUGUUAGGAGGCACAAUCAGUCUCUCCCCGGUGGUAUCAGCAACACCAGCCCGGUGGCUCUUUCCUUCUCGCUUAGUUUCCUGCAGACCCUUGCACUUCUGUCUCUCAUUCUGCAAUAAGUCAUCUGAAAAACACAAGAUACACAGUGUAACGAAUUUACAAAACAAAGAAAAAGAGCACAACACAUGCACAAGACAAGUGACUGUUAAAAAAACUGUUAUGGUUGUGUAUUGUCAGCUCCUUUCAGCAGGCCUUUAUGGUAUGAUGCAACUUUUGUAAUUAGAUGUAAAAUUAGACCGCUUCAGCUUUUCUAACAACACUUUUUACAAGCAUUCCUUCAAAUGCACUGUUUCAAAAAUAACAAUGUAAUGAACAUAGAUAAGCACAUGAUGGCACA